AUGGCACGCGCAGUGCUUCUCCUGGUCUUCAGCCUUGUAGCUACGGCUUUGGCACACUCCGGUCACGAUGAAGCCACCACCAUGAUGGGAAUGAUGAGCACAUAUACUGGCAGCAUUCCGACGACAUUCAUGAGCUGCGGACACGGAGGACCUGGAAGGAAGAGGCACGAUGGAUGCGACGACAGCAGUAGCCAUCAUUCGGAAUUCGAGACUGAACCAGGCAACUACUACAGCUAUACCUACAACCCCUCUAACGCCCUUUCCUAUGGCCCCAGCGAUACCGGCAGCAGCGUCAGGGCAACGAGCGCAGCGGGCUCAUCCGCCUCCUCAGCUGCUGCCGCAUCGUCAAAAGCUACAGGCAGCUCUCCAUCUGCUACGACUCAGUCGGGGGCUACCUCUACCCGUCCGUCGGCGCUCCAGAUCACUGGAACGGGCGCCGCGAAUGCACACUACCCGGAAAUUCUUGGAGCUGUCGCGGGUGGAUUAAUAGCUGGUUUGGCCUUAGCUUGA